AUGGAGGCUGCGCUGGAGUUCCCAGAACGACUCGAGGAGAAGGAAGUCUCCGCAGAUGAGAACAAUGGUCAGGAUCCAGCCCUGAGCAAGGAGAGUGAGAUGGGAGUCCAGCAUGGUGAUCCCAGCGGGGAGGAUUCAGGCCGGUGCCGUCCGGUUCUUUGGGAGACCCUGGGAAGACAGUUCGAGGAAUACGGGGAGAUGGCAGAUGUUCUGAGUCCAGAAGAACGGCGAAGACGUCUCUUUGCUUUCAUGCCCCUCUUCCUGAAGGCCUGGGAGCAGUUGGAGGGCGAAAUUUCUUUCCCUGACAUCCACCUUUUCGCUAGCGAGGCUUCUGAUCUGCUGGUGAAAGAAAUCAAGAAGAGCAUGAACGGAAAGCCAGCAGAAGCAGCCCGACAGAGCGUGUGGCGGUUCCUGCAGGGGAAAGCAGAAGAGGAAAUCCACGGCUAUGUGCUCCUGAGAGCGCUCUACGUGCUCUUGCAUGCUCCCUUGGAACGAGGGACCCGACAUGAUAUUAUCCAGUCAGGGCUCCCAAUAACUCUGCUGCAGUGCCUGUACCUCUUCUUUGCCUUUCACCUGGACGAAGAUGGCGGUGGAACGUGUCAAGGGGAACGGCAGGUGCAGGAAGUACUUGUGCAGAUAAUGCUCAAUCUUUGUGCAGAAGAGCAAGGAGUCGAACAGCUUCUCAUGACGUCUGACCUGCAGUCUCUGAUCAUAGCAACGGCCUCUCUCUGGAAUCAAGGCAGCCCUUCCUGGAAGGGACCCACAAGUUGCGUCCUGCGAGCAAUUUCAAAGGUCCCGUCCCAAAACAUCAUUUCAUAUCUGCAAGCUACAGACUGUGUUAAGAUGUCCAUUCAGAACCUGUCAAAAUUGAUGGACUCCUUGUCGCCAUGUGACGUAUGUGAAGUCCUCAACAUACUCUUGUGUUUUGUGAAGAACUCCUACACGGUCUCCCCGGCCUUGCUUUCAGAGUUUGAGAAUAACGGGGGGUACCAGCUGCUGCUGACAGUUUUUCUCAGGUACGACGGGCCGCUGGAUGGCAAAGAAGACACGAGUCUCCAAGAAACCCUGGACAUCCUGACGCAGCUCACUGUCUGUGGGCAAAUGGAACUGAAGGUGUCAGGCAACAUGGCCCACCCUCAGCUCCCUCAAUUCAGUGCAGAACACGAGGCCUUGGCAGAAACAGCUGGUCUUGAUUUUGUUUCCUCAGGAAACAGAGUGAGAAACCUGAAGGCUUUCCAGGUGUUAGAAUCCCUCUUUCGGAAGACCAGCAACCCGGCCCUCAGCCAGCGUAUCUUGCUGGCCAUGAAGUCCAUCUGGACUUGGGACCCCGUGAACUUCUUCCUCCUCGAAUGGUCACUGCAGCCCAUUGCCCAGUUUGUCGGCCUCCUCCCCCUCAAGCCGCCCCAGGUCCAGACUCAGUUCUUCCAGCUGGUCGAGUCAGUGGUUCUGGACUUCUCCUACAUCCCUCACGAUAUCCUGAAGGAGAUUCAGGGUCUGAUCAAGGAGAAUGCAGACCCCCUCAGCACCUCUGCGGCUCUGUGCUGCCUCCGGAACAUCGCCCAAAAGGAUGCGCUCUUUACGGAUAUCUUUCGAGACUCAGGGCUCUUGGGGAUGCUGCUGGUGCAAUUGCGCAAAGAGGCAAAGAUACUGAGGAGGAAAGGUGGGGCCCACAUACCUGGAUGCCAAGAGGACACCACAGAAAGGGAGCUCAUCAGUAGGAUGCUGAAGAUGGUGAACGUCCUCCUUGUGGGGUCAGUUAGGAACACUGUGGUUCUCCGGGAUUAUGGGAUGGUGCCCUACAUCAAGAUUUUCCUGGAUGAUAGACUGUAUCGAAGCGACACUUUGACCAUCCUGGAGCAGCUGUCGGUGGUGAACCCCGAGGAAUACAUGAGCAUUGUUGUUGGGGCCCUCUGCUCUUCCACCCAAGGGGAACUGGACCUCAAGCUCGAUCUGCUGAAGUCUCUCCUGAGGAUGCUGGAGCAUCACAGGGGCCGCUCAGCCUUCCGAACCAGCAGCGGCUUUAACGGGCUGCUGUCCCUUCUCUCGGAUAUGGAGGGUGCCCUGCGUGACCCGCCGUCGGCCCCGUGGAGCUCCUUCGGCCGCACCCGCACCAUGGAGCUCCUGUCGCACACCCUGCAUGCCUUGGCAGCCGCUCUGCACUCGGACCCCGUCAACAGCGACUUCUUCCGCAAGAACGGCCUCUUUGAGAAGCUGGCCGAGGACCUGGUUUUGCUGGGCUGCUUCACGGGGCAGAAGGGGAGGCUGACCUUCAUGGGGCUCGGCGAGACCAGGUCGUUUGCCGAAUUUCUGAACGCAGCUGUCGGGUCGGCGGAGCUUCUCCCUCCCUGCCUGAAAAGCUGCAUGUGGAUAUUCCGGUUCCUUGACCAGAUGGCCACGGGGAGUCUCUUCCGCCCCAGGAGCUGCUCGACCAAGAUGGAGCUAGGGGUAGAGGAGCUGCUGUUGACUGCCAGAAAUCACCAAGAAGAGACUGAAGACGUCAGUGAGCAAGUGGACGAUAAGGGAACGGCUGACUGCCAGUGGCUGGAACCCAAAGAAAGGUCAGCCUGUGGGGAGGAGUUGCUGGUACACCCGGGAGCUCUUGGUGUUAUGGUACGGCUGCUUCCCGAGCUCUACAAUGACGCUUACCCAGAGUUAUCGUGGGAAAUCCAGCUCGCGGUGGCCUGUCACAUCCAGUCCUUGAUGAGGGUGGAGAAGAACCGCCAAGUGGCCUGUGGGGCGGGCCUGCUGGAUAUCGUGGUUUCCUGCUGCCAAGAUGAGCUCCGCGAUGCCCACAAUCUCCUGCACCUUCCUCUCCUCAGGCUCUUUGAGAAGCUGGCAUCCCAAUCCAUCGAGCCGGAUGUCUUAAGACAGUUUCUCUGCCUCAGGACCCCGUUGCUACCUCUAGAGUCGGGGUCCAGUGUAAGCCCGGUCCCGUCUCCUCUGGGACGCAAGAAUGGCUCUUUCCGAAAAACCUGGGAAGAAGGUUCACUGAGCGAUCCUGCAAAUUGUCACCUGGCUCCCCCAGUUUCGGUCGUGUCACGGAUGUCCGAGAACUCAGUGGCGGCUCUCGAGGCAGCCACCAGUCUGAUCGCCAUGACUGCUCCGCGCAACUUCCAGCCACAAAGCGCCUGCCUCGCACCUUCCUUUGUGGAGUUUGACAUGUCCCUGAAAGGAUACGGCUGUUUAUUUCUCCCAACUUUGGCUACGGUUCUGGGUCCCAAUGCUGAACACUCCAUCUCAGGAGGAAUUGGAAAGGGGCCCAGGUUGUUCCCCUCGCCGGAUGGCCUGACCUUCUCCUCCUGGUUCCUGGUCAGCAAGAGGGGCUCUGCUCAUGAUGCCCCCCACCCGCUGCGCUUCCUCACGCUGGUGCGCCACAUGGCACGGACGGAAGAAGAAUUUGUCUGCUUCUCGGUCAGCUUUUCUCCUGAGAGCGAUUGCCUGACCGUCUCCACAGAGGAAACGCCCCUCCAGCCCCUCGACCUGAUGGAACCCAAAUGUGAAAACGUUGGGCAGUCCUCCGCCUUCUCUCGAGUGCAAUUCAGCUGUGCUGGGCUGCUAGUUACUGGGCAGUGGCAUCACCUGGCAGUGACGGCGGCAACAGAAACGAAGAGGAUUUGUAUCGUUUCAGCCUAUCUAGAUGGGCAGCUACUCGGGUCCGCUAAGAUGCAGUAUAUCCAGCUGUUUCCAGGUAACUUUGUGUCCAUGGACCCCUCCUCCUUUAUUGAUGUCUACGGCUACAUGGCCACCCCACGGGUUUGGAACCAGAAGUCUCCCUUGACGUGGCGCCAGGGCCCGAUACACUUCUUUGAAGAAGCCGUUUCCGUCGAGACUCUGCAGCGGAUUUCCAGUCUGGGUCCGAGGUACUGUGGCAGCUUCCAGGACGUGGAGCUUGGAGGAGAGGGAUCCAGUAACGAGGUCCGGACUGGAGCCUUAGUAGCACAGGAAAAGAUUUCCUUUGGGAUCAAUGUGAUGAGCUCAAGCUACACCACAAUCAGAGGCAUAAGGGACCACUACGGAGAGGUGGAUGGACGCCUGAUAGCCAAAGAGCUGGAGCUCUCCUCUCGUGAUGGUAUGACGCCAGUUUACCUGGCUCGAAAUAUUGCUGGAAAGCUUCCCGGUCCCUUAAGAACUAUUGGAGCCGUUGCUGUGGGCCAGUAUGGGACCCGCGUAUUCCAGACAUGCCCCGCAGCCGUCAGCCUGAACUACAUCGGAGGGCCAGCUCUUCUGCUCGGCCUCCUUACGCUGGCUGGAGACGAUAGCUCGAUGUACGCCACGGUCAAAGCCCUCCACUCCGUCCUCAGCAGCAGCACAAUGAGUGAAAAUCAGAUGCGACAGAUCGGCGGGUACCAGAUCUUAGCCUACCUUCUCCAAAGGAAGAUCCAUCUGUUGAACAGCAGAAUUCUGCAACUGAUCCUAUCCAUCGGGGGCAUCGCAGAGACCAGCAUAGAAUCCUUAACCAUCAAGAACCCAGAGGCCUUCCAGUAUGUCCUCUGCAACUUUGAGCUGUGGUGUCACGGCCCUGAAAAUCUGGACCUUUCCCUCUUCACUCACCUGACAGAAAUUCUGCAACCCUCAAGGGAUGGGCACUGGAACGCGAAACUUGCUCAUCAGAUGCAAAUGGUACCCAAACUGUUGCUUCUCUUCGACGCCAAGGUCCCACGCUCCCGAGUCAGCAAGAUCUGUGCUGUCCUCUCUGGUUUGCUCCAGGGCCAUUUCAGCAUCCAAGAUACCCUUCGGAUCAGCUUGUUCUUGGUUUACACUCUAAGCCCCUUCUCUGUAGAUGAAAAUAAAAUCUGCCUGGACCAAGUCCCGGAAUCGUUGGGAGAUGCUUUGAGCCAAACAUCUGGAAACAGGAUCUGGCUCCGAAACCAGCUGCUGAAGAUGCUGCUGGACGUGCUGUGCUCUGACCAGCUUCAUCCGUCCUCUGAGAUGCGAGAGGACGUGUUCCAGGCCCUGGGGCCCGACUGGUUCCUGAUGUUCAUACAAAGCCAUGUGCACAUGAGCACGGUAGUCCUGGUGGUCAGGUUGCUGCUCCACUUCCUGCACAACCGCUCACUGCUGUGCAAAUUCAAGGAAGGGAUGAUGGCUGGCCUGUGGCUAGAGAACAGCUCAAGGGGUCUCAGCGUCUUGAUGGACAAUUUAAAGAGCGGCGCACAGGUCCCUGAAUGCAGUCCAUACCUGCUGUAUGGGUUUGUAGAGCUGAAGGCGUUCCUGAGCAAUUGUGUCCACAUCCCUGAGAUUUAUUUUCUGCUGUCGGGACUACUUCUGGCCACUCCGGUGUGUGAGCCACCAGAGGAACCCAAGGCCGACCUGGACGCCAUGUUGCAGUGGCUGCUACGGAACCACAUGGCGGACUCCAUUGCCAAAGUGGGCUUGUGCCCAGAAGCGGCGGUUCUGCUCCUGGAGAUGGUGAAGGCCACGGUGAACAGGGUUCCAGCAGAUGCAGAGGAUUGUUGGGAGCUCAGCUACCUCGGGCAUAUCAUGCAGUUCUUCUGUAUGGUCCAUCGCAGACACUCCCAGGAUCCCCUCUGGUGCAACUCAGACUUCCUCCAAGCCUUGGCAUUGGUCGUCUUCCCCUCACCCCAGGGCAGCCCCGAGAGUGACUCAUCCACCAGCCGCCUUCCUCUUCCUUUCACCUUGGACCCUGCCAGGAAGCCGGUGUGGGACUUCACCUGCCGUCUCCUGAUGGAAAUGUUGCUUGUGGUUCCGGCACACAGGCACUGGCACCCCAUGGAGAUGCUUCUCGAGGCUUCUGCAGAGAGCUCCACCGCUGAUCAGAGGAAGCACUUCCAGACAGAGAUGUUGGUUUCCAUCAUGGAUGUGUUCCCCAUAAUUGUCCAAGAGGAUGAGAAGAGGACUUGCAGCCUAGGACGGAACGAUGCAGCCAGAAACACUUUGGAGCCAACUACGCCAACUCUUCUUGUGAACCUCUCUUAUUUAACACAGAAACUGGUAGAGAAGCUUUCUGCCGGAGCGUUUGUGGGAGACCCGAGAAAGAUCAUUGUCUUCCUCGUGGAGCAAGUGAGCAUGGCCUUGCAGAAGGUGCCUCUCCACACGGAAACGAUUCUCAGCGUUCUAUACGGCAGCUUAAACCGAGCCAUCCUCUGCAGCCUGUCCGGUUCCACUUCUGAUCAGCCAAGACUCCUCAGCAUCCUCCGGACCCUGCAGCAGCAACGGGAUACCAUCUUUGCAACGCAGAACUCCAGUCCGGGUUUCAUCCCCUGCCUUUUGCAUUGCCUCUCCCAGCUGAGGCGCUCAAGUUCUUCUAAGCAGUGCGACGCAAAGCAGAGAAUGCCAUCUGCUCAGCGUAUCUUCCAGGCCCCCGGCCAGGGGGAGCAGAGGACAGACCAUCUACCUGUUCCCGAGAAUGUCCAGGAAGAGAUCUGGAAGUCCACCGAAGACAUCUGGAACCAGCUUCUCUCUCAGCGGAGACUAGACCUGGAAGAUGCGUACAAAAUGGCUCUGUCUGUAGAGAGCGUGGGAGGAGGAGACUGGAAAGUGAAGAUUGGGGACCUCACGCCACAGUGGGAAGAAACCGUGGCGAAGGCGUGGCAGCAAUUCUUAGCAUCAGAAAAAAAGACUCCUCAGAAUAAGGUUCUAGCCCAGACUUGCAGCAAAACACGCCCAUGGAGCGGAAGCUUAUCUUCAGCAAUGAAACUCGCAGCCCACAAAAACAUCAAGCAAAUGGGAUACCACGCACAGUUGCAGGCCGGGCCUAGCUUUCAGCUCUGCGCUGCCACCACCUCCGAGACCCACGUGGAGUUUGGCGACAGCUGGAAUUUUUCAGGUUUGGGUUUAAUAGACCCACAAAAUUUUGAAUAUCCCAAGAAAGCCGAAAAGCACCAGCCAAGUAAAGGAGAAAGAGUGGCGGAUUGUGGCCAGUUGACAUUCUUCCCUGCCUUGCAUGAAAGUUAUUCAGAAGAUUUGUUGGAGGUGUGCGUAGAAAGAAGAAUCAUCUUGCAAGAGUUUGCAGAGGAUGAAAAGGUUACAGGUAGAGAAUCAGUGGUGAUUGUCCAGGGGCAUGUGGCCCUAGAAGGGGUGCUUCUCUUUGGUCAGAAGCAUUUUUACAUCUGCGAGUACUUCACCUUGUCUCACCCGCAAGAGGUUUACUGCACAAGGCACUGCUUAUCCAGCAUCAGCGAUUCGUUCAUUUAUACCUUAUGCUACAAAGACCAAGCCAUGGGGCAGCCUGCGUGUUCCUGCUACUCAUACGAUGACAUUAAAGAGAUCCACCCAAUGCGCUUUCUUCUUCAGGAGGUGGCCGUGGAAAUCUUCUUCCGAAGUGGCUACUCCGUGUUCCUGGCGUUCCACAACAGUGCCCGGAAAAAACCCCUGAAAAGGUUUUGGUCAAAGAAGCCCAGUUUGAAAUCCAGAGGAAUCACAGAAGAGUCCAUCAAUGUAAGAAGAAGCACAGGAGGAGAGAAGAACAUGCUCUUGAAGUGGCAGAGGAGGGAAAUCAGCAACUUUGAGUACCUCAUGUACCUGAACACUCUGGCUGGACGGACCUACAGCGAUCUCAUGCAGUACCCGGUCUUCCCGUGGAUCCUGGCUGACUAUCAUUCCCAGACUUUGGAUCUGACCAAUCCCGCUGUCUUCCGUGACCUGUCGAAGCCCAUGGGGGCACAGACAGCCGAGAGAAAAGAGAAGUUCGUCCAGCGCUAUAAAGACAUCGAGAAGACUGAAGGCGAGCUCUCCGCCCAGUGCCAUUACUGCACCCACUACUCCUCGGCCAUAAUCGUGGCCUCCUACCUGGUCCGCAUCGAGCCCUUCACCCAGAUCUACUGCUCCCUACAGGGAGGAGGUUUCGACGUCGCGGACAGGAUGUUCCACAGCCUGAAGAGCACCUGGGACUCCGUUUCCAGGCAGAACAUGACCGACGUGAGAGAACUCACCCCCGAAUUCUUUUACCUGCCUGAAUUCUUGACCAACUGCAACCAGUUCGAGUUUGGAAGCUUGCAGGACGGGACUCUGCUGGGGGAUGUUGAGCUGCCACCCUGGGCAGAAGGAAGCCCGCAUAGGUUCAUUAGCUUGAACAGGCAGGCACUGGAGAGCGAUUACGUCAGCAGCCACCUCCAUCACUGGAUAGACCUCAUCUUUGGUCACAAGCAGCACGGCCCGGCGGCAGUGAAGGCCCUCAAUGUCUUCCACCCGUAUUUCUAUGGUGACCAGGUCCACCUGGACAGCAUCAGUGACCCCCUCACCAAAAACACCGUCUUGGGAUUCAGCAGCAACUUUGGACAAAUCCCAAAGCAGCUCUUUACCAAACCACACCCAGCUCGGAAUGCCCUGGGGAAGCAUCCAGUGGGCAGAGACGGCCUCCGCUUCUCCCUCCCUGCUGGGCAACUCCUUCCACCGCUUAGCAGCCUCCACAACUUGAAGUUCUCCUCGGUUCCCACUCAUCUUCCUUCUUCUUAUGCAGACGCACCUCAAGGACCUGUGGGUCACAUCGUGUGCACAGACAAGGGGGUUUUGGCUGUGGAGAAGAACAAAAUUUUGCUCCCUCCACAGUGGAACAAAGUCUUUUGUUGGGGAUUUGAUGACUUCACCUGCUGCCUGGCCAGCUAUGGAUCAGACAAGAACAUGGCCACCUUUGAGGCCCCUGUGGACUGGGGGUCUUCCUUCUGUGCCGUGUGCCCCACGCCGACAACGCUCAUCACCUCAGGCAGCAGCUCUGUGGUAUGCACCUGGGAACUCUUCGUGGCCAGUGACGGAGCUGCCCGCUUGCGCCUCAAGAAGCCUUUGUACGGCCACCGUGGGGCCGUGACCUGCUUGGCUUCCUCGGCCUCCUACGGCAUCGUGGUGAGCGGCUCCGCCGACAGAUCCGGCAUCAUCUGGGACUUGCACCGGCUGACGCGCCUCACCCGGCUUCCCGCCCACCAGGCCUGCCUCUCGGCGGUUGCCGUCAACGAUUCCACGGGGAACAUCGCCUCCUGUGCCGGAGAGACUCUCUACGUAUGGAAUAUCAAUGGGAAGCCCCUGGCCAGACUCAACUCGGCCUGCCGGCUUGGCUCCACCUUGUCCUGCUGCUGCUUCAUGGAGGUGAUGGAUGGGGAUGUGCCCGGCCUGAUCGUGGCGGGUGACACAGGGGGCCGUGUGCAGGUCUGGAAGCUUGAGAAUGCCCCCGCUUGGCGCCAGGACAUCGGUACGAACUCCCGGGAAAGCUCGGCCAAGCAGGCAAAGCUCCUGUCCCAGGCCUCUGAGCUACGGCAGCAGGAGCCAGACUUGCUCUGUUCCUCCGAAGGACACAGCAGGAGCUCUGAGGGCCUCCUCACAAGGAGGGAAUAUGCACGGGUGGCCCACUGUGGCCGAGAGAAGCUCUCUUGCUCAGCUCCGCUGCCUCACAAACGCUGCCAGCAGUCUCAUUUUGGCAUCCGCAAGCGCUUGACGAUUGGCGCGUGCAGACACAUGCGCGAGCCCCCGCAAAGCUGCCCGUUGGCAAAUGGGUUUUCUGUGUCCAAAAGCAUCCUCUCAGCAGCAACGGGCAGCCAGGCGGAGAUCCCAUUCAUUCUCUGCCAAGAGCUGGAUCUCAGCACGACUCCGCCGGAGAGGCCUGGCAGAGCGGCGGCAUCUGUCACCACCCUGGCAGUCUCCAGGAAUUACUCCAAGCUCCUUGCUGGCGAUGACAGUGGAAAGAUCUUCUGUUGGUCAGUGGAUGAGUAA